AUGGCAGAAGAUAUAUCAAACAACUUCUCGAAUACGAAGACUAGCCAAAAGACAGGCUCGAAUGAUUUCGUUAGGAAACUCUUCAAAAUAUUAGAAGCGGGCGAAUACACGAAUAUAAUAUGCUGGACGGAAAAUGGGGAUAGUUUCGUCGUCCUAGACACCAAUGAAUUCACAACAAAAAUUCUUCCUAGACACUUCAAGCACUCUAACUUCGCUAGUUUCGUGAGGCAGCUUAACAAGUAUGACUUCCAUAAAGUCAAGAGGACGUCUGAAGAGAAACAAAAUUCACAGUAUGGGGAGCAUAGCUGGGAAUUUAAGCACCCAUUUUUCAGAAUUCAUGAUGAGCAGGCUUUGGACAGUAUUAAGAGAAAAACUGCAGUUCAAAAGAAAAUAGUGCUUGACGAAAAUACUGUCCUAGUCAAACAGAGCGCAGAUGGCAGUGCUAUAGAGCCUGAUUCGGCGACCAGUCUAAUUCUCAACAACACAGUAAGCAAAAGUAAGUUCACUCAGCUGAAAAGGAAGGUAGAAACCUUGGAACAAGAAUUACAACAAAUUAAAAACGAAAACUACAACAUGAAACUUGGUUACCAGAAAAUGCAAUCAAAGUACAAUACUGUUUUAGAAAGCUUUCUUACAUCGAAGGCCUUAAAUGAUUCGCUGGUCAAUAACUUCAAUAUUUUGAGUACAAGUCUUUCUCAACAAGGUCUUGAAUUACCGCAGGGUUUGAAUUUCAAUCUUGCAUCUAGCACAAACGCGCAAUCACCACGCAAAACACAGUCACCAGAGUUUAGCUCUGUUGUGCCAACUCAAAUAACGCUUCAAAAACCGAAUUCAAACGUGGAUUCGGGACCCUCAUCCACUGCAUCAAAUGACAUCAUUGAGCCCCCUGUUCUAAGGCCGGGUUUUCACGUUUUACUUGUAGAGGAUGAUGCGGUGUGCAUACAAUUAUGUUCCAAAUUCUUGAUGAAAUAUGGGUGCUCAGUUGAGGUUGUGACUGAUGGUUUAUCUGCAAUCUCCACCCUUGAAAAGUUUCGCUACGACCUAGUCUUGAUGGAUAUUGUCAUGCCAAAUUUAGAUGGUGCUACCGCCACUUCCAUAGUGAGAAGCUUUGACAACCAAACACCUAUCAUAGCUAUGACUGGUAACAUUGAAGAUCAGGAUCUGGUUACUUAUCUACAACAUGGUAUGAAUGACAUCUUAGCGAAGCCUUUUACCAAAGAUGACCUGCAUUCAAUGUUAAUAAGGUACCUAAGGAAUAGGAUUCCACUUUCAGAGCAGCGCUCGAACACGGCAUCAAAAGACGACCAAACGCCUUUAGCUGAAGAAAAUGGCUCAGCGUCAUUAAUCAGUGAGGAACCUCCUUUGAAGAAACAACUAAUAUGA